AUGAUCCCCACGUCUACUGACGCCCUCGGUCUCCCUACGAUGGAACUGCUACUGUUACCCCAACCAGCUUUGGACCAGGCCCCUCAACAGACCGCCCCUCAAGGUCGUCGCAUGCGUUCGGGAAGCUUGUUCUCUACCAACCUGAUUUGGAAUGAUGACGCCCUUGCGACCAGCCCUCAACUGCUGAUGUAUGACCAGCAAUUGAGUAAUGAGUCCAAUCUGGCCUCGCAGUCUCAGUUUCUUAACAUCCCUACUAAUGAGGCCACGCCUCAAGGUCGCAACCGCUCUUAUACCACUACUGGCGCUCCCAAUCUGUUGGGAGGAUUACCUAACCAGCAAUACCUGAUGUUUGACUCAUUUGGUUUGAAUCGUGUUUCUCCGUUCACUCAGACCCCUCACACAGUAGCCAAUACUGACGUGAAUUCACUUCUUGACUCGUUGAUGCUCAAUAUUCAACCGCAAGACACCACUUACUCUCCAACCCCGAGGAUCCGCUCGCAAACGUUUCUGGGUUCAGCCCCACUGUUACCCGACCUGCUUAUCGGUCAAGCACCCCCACCGCCGCCAGUUUUCAACGUGUAUCAGCAAGGAGCCCAGCAACAACCAGCUCAACCUCAACAGCCCCAACCCCAGCAACAAUCCUACUAUGCUCAUCAACCCGUUCUCCAGGAUGAUUUUGACAUCACCCUGGUGGCGCUCACCACAAAUUUUGAUAACCCCAAUUUGGGUCCAACGAAAAAUAUUUUGUUGGACAACUUGCCACAAUUUAUCGAUCUGAGUAAGCUUUAUCAAGUACUUGUGCUGAGCUUGGGCAACCAAAGACUGUUCGGUGGUAUUCAGGCCGUGCGGAUCUGCCCCGUGAACAACUCGAAGUUAGCUUUGGUCGAGUGCCUGAAUGUGGAUACUGCGAUGUCACUCAAGGCUAGCUUCAAUCAUAUUGAAUUUGUUCCAGGAGUGGUAUUGUACGUUGCAUUUGCUAAAGUGGGUUCUCAGUCUAUCGCAGCGCAAGCCCCGGCUGCCGCCACGACACUGCUGGAGUCGACAACUCCGCCGAAGCAGAACGGACAAAACAAUCACAAAAGCAGCGAGAAGCCCGCGCCUAUUGAGGUGUCAGCAAUUCAACCUCAUUUGUUGAGUAUAAUCGACACCUUGGCUGCCCACAAUCAAUUAGAUCGUAACAAGGUUCGUCUGUUGAUCAAGAAUGCCAUUAAUUACGAUAACAACAAAUACCAAAACAAUUUUGGACCCCUUCCUGAUCCCAUUCCAUUGCGUCAGUUUGACCUGCCGAAGCUUCGUGAAUUACGCAAGAUUUUGGAAAACAAUGAGGCUGCGGUCAGUGGAACCUCAUGCCCUCUGCUGCCCAACCAAUCGGGACUGCCCUCGCCUCUGGAUCGUGUGAUGAGCCAAUUCGAACUUGAAGAGUUAUGUCUUGCUAUGCUCGAUGAGUUGCCUGAGUUGUGUUACGACUAUUUGGGGAAUACAAUCAUCCAAAAAUUGUUUGUUCUUGUCGAACUGCCUGUGAUCAAGCUCAUGAUGGUGAAAGAGAUAGCGCCAUACCUCACACAACUUGCUAUCCACAAGAACGGUACUUGGGCUAUUCAGAAGAUAAUCAAUUUGGCAAUUGGCCACACGCAACAAAUGUCUAUUAUCGCUGAGCUGCUUAAGCCGUACGCUGUGAAGCUAUUCAAUGAUCAAUUUGGCAAUUAUGUUCUCCAGGGUUGUGUCAAAUUCGGUCUGCCCUACAACGAUUUCAUCUUUGAGACUUUACUUGACAACUUCCUUGAGAUCUCUUUUGGCAGAUUUGGUGCUCGUUGUAUUCGUACGAUUCUUGAGAACGCUGAGGGUGGCCACAUCCCUUACGAGCAAGUUAUGUUAGUAGCGCUGUUGAUUGUUGAAUUUGCAAAUGAUCUCGUUGUUAACUCAAAUGGAUCCUUGUUGAUCACCUGGUUCCUUGAUACCUUCAAUCUGGAACCUAUCGCGGAAGGACGAGCUCGCCUGAGCUCGUUAGGGACUCGCCAACGGAGUUCAAGCAUGGCACUGGAAUCAAUCAAAGAUGACCGUUACGCACUUCUCACGCAUAAGUUCUUGCCAAAUUUAGCUCGGUUGUGCACACACAAGUUGGCAAAUUUGACCAUUUUGAAGAUCAUCAACAACCGCCUGGAUUUAGUGCUGAAGCAAACAAUCAUGGACGCAAUCUUCGGUUUGUUCGAAGAAUGUGAGCGUCAGAUGGCGGUGGCGCAAGGUAUGGACGAAUACUCAUACCCUCAACCGUCGAGGCUCUUGGAACAGAUUCUUCAAGAGAACCCUGAACACAAUGCUGCAGGACCUUUGUUUGUUUACAAGAUUUUGCUGAAUCCUUUAGCGCUUACGUUGCCCGAUUCUCACAACUCUGUGGACUCCAAGAGUAAUCUGCGUUAUUUCGAAUUUAUUGUGUCGCAAGUCAAGCGUAUCUUGCUUGAACUGAACAUCACUAACUUGCAACCGUACAAGAAGCUUAUGGAUGAAGUUGGUCUUCCCACUAACCGCAUUCUGCGGACGGCACUGCUUGGUGGUGGGCAGGGUCGCCGGAACAAGCGCUCGGUGACUCGAACUCAGGGAUCACCCCUGGGGAAACAAUAUCACAACAGUUAUUAUCAACACCAAGUUCCCAACCAAAAUCACGGGCAUGGCCAGGGUCCAAGUCAAGCCCAGACCAACCCUAAUUAUCAAAUACCUCAAGUUUAUGGUGGACCGGCGAUGCCUAUGCACAUGCUUCGGCCGGGUCAACAGCCUGCGCCAAUGGCGUAUCCCCUGAUGGCCCCUCACGACCUGGAUUCCACUCAACAGCUUCAGCAGGAUAUGGCUGUGAUGAAGCAAUUGGAACAACUCAGUUUGAGUUCCGCAGCCAUGGGUUACAACUCUAGCCCGGGAACUCCGUCCACCAACCGCAACCAGUUUUUAUGA